AGGCCCCUCCUGCUUCACACGGGAAGUGAAAGGAGGAAGCGCAACUGAGGCUUCCAACAUCUGCAGAUUGAGAUUUUUUUGACUAGAGGGCAUUUUUCUGAGGCCAGAAGCAGGAAUGGCGGCCUACAUAUUGUAUCUCUGUAUUGCUACGGGUCUCCUUUCCACUCAGCCAACAUCUGCCAGGAACGAUGCUCCAUGUCUGCCCGGGAAGUGGAACAAUGCCGCCCAAACCUUCAUCAAGCGCCAUCUCCCCAAAGGGACUCCGACCUCUCUGGACCAGAAUGAGUGGGAGAAGUUCAUCAAGACUCUGGGAGGCUGUGACAGACCCACGCAGUCGUUCCUCCACCCAGACGAGCUGGAGAAGGUGAAGUCUGUGUGCUCCAGCAGAGGGGGGAAGGUUCUGAACGACAACCUGUGCAUCAGCAAGCAGCCAUUCAGUUUUGUGACGGUGAGGAGCAUCCAGGGAACCUGUGGCAUCAAGAGCAUCACGCAGGAAAACAAACAUCUGAUCCUGGCCUGCGAGGUGUUGGAGAACCAGUGCGUCCCGGUCCACUUUGAGGGAAACUCCCAGAAUAAAAAGCCCAGUAACAACGCCAGAGACUGCCAGGACCCUCAGGCCAGAGGCCAGGCUCCCUCCUUCAAAGUGACACCCCUCUGGUGGUUUGCUUUUAUACUUAUUUUCUACGUAUUCUGACUUUUUCGAAGGACAUUUUAAGGAACUAGAUAAGACUGAGAUUUUCAUCGAAGGAUAAUUUAACUUUCAGUUGUGUUUUUUUUAUUUUAAAGCGGUGUUGCAUCAUAAUCGCAAAAGCCAAAUAUAUUUCUUUGAAUUUUAUCGAGAGUGUCCUCGGGUAUUUGCAUGUUUUCAGUCUAGUUUUGACCAUGUUUUUCUAUAAUCAUGUAUCGCCAUAAUGUUCAAGUUAUAUCAGUCAUUUCAAUAAUGAAAAGCAGAUUUUUGCGGGCCCAAAAUUUCUUGUUUUUUUGUUAAUUUUUUUUAAGCAAAAGAAACAAGAAAUUUCAGCGUGUAAAACCUGUUUAAUAUACCGAUAUCAGGAUUUUAAAAUAUAUCAGAAUCAUGUCAGUCAAAUGUAUUUUCAGAGCAUUUAAAUUUUAUUUAAUUUUAACAUUUCAUUUGAGACUGUAGGCUGUGUUUGCAUGUGUUUUCAGUCAGUCGCCUUUAAGUGUUGCACAAUCUAAUUUGUCCUAUGUUCUUCUUUUUGAGUUAAAAUAGAUAGUUUUGGUACAAAAUGGAUUUAAAUUGGAAUGACCUUGGGGAAUUUUAAAAAUGGAUACAGACUGUUUAUUAAAAGUGUUUUCUUGA